GAAGUUUCCAGAGACCUGUUCGGCUGUUGAGAAGUUCGCGUUCAAGACUGAGGACCCAAACCACUUGCCAAAAUGUGUAAGGGACUGGCAGCGCUGCCGCACUCGUGCCUGGAAAGGGCCAAGGAGAUCAAGAUCAAGUUGGGAAUUCUCCUCCAGAAGCCAGACUCUGCUGUUGACCUUGUCAUUCCAUAUAACGAGAAGCCGGAGAAGCCAGCCAAGACCCACAAGCCCUCGCUGGAUGAGGCCCUGCAGUGGCGCCAUUCCCUGGACAAGCUUCUCCAGAACAACUAUGGACUUGCCAGCUUCAAAGGUUUCCUGAGAUCUGAGUUCAGUGAGGAAAACCUUGAGUUCUGGGUUGCCUGUGAGGAUUACAAGAAGAUAAAAUCCCCAGUCAAAAUGGCGGAGAAGGCAAAGCAAAUUUAUGAGGAAUUCAUCCAGACAGAGGCCCCUAAAGAGGUGAACAUCGAUCAUUUCACUAAAGACAUCACCAUGAAGAACCUGGUGGAACCGUCCCCGAGCAGUUUUGACCUAGCCCAGAAAAGAAUCUACGCCCUGAUGGAGAAGGAUUCGCUGCCCCGUUUUGUGCGCUCCAAGUUUUAUAAGGAGCUAAUCAAGUAGUCAGCUGGUCAAUUGUCAGAUUACCAGGCUUCAAAAAUCACCCUGUGAGUUGACGUCUAUCCUCUGUAGUAACACAGCAUCUCCCAAGCACCUGCACAUUUUCCCAUAGCAGCUUUGCUCCAAGAUACCCAAAAAAAGGCAACCCCUAGACUGUUGCCAAUUCUUUGGCUCAUGUUGGUUCAGAUGUGGAUCUGUGGUCUACUAAAGGCCUUUGCUUCCAUCUCUUCCUUCUGACUGCUUUGUAAUGAAGGUCUGUCCACCAAGUUUCUGUCAGCCCGAGUCACAGAAAAAUAUACUGCUUACCAUAAAGCCGUCUG